UCACUUACAGCACAGGCCAUCUGCCCAGCUGAACUGAAACAUGGCUGCUUUUAAAAUCUCGUCCUUGAAUGAGUUCAAUGGUUUGCUUUGAUUUUUUUCUUUUUCAGAUGACAUUAUGCACCGAGUCUACUCGCCGACUCGACAAAUAGUCACUGGUUACUUGGGAUAAACUACCUGGAGGACAAGCAAAACACAUUUUGGAAGUGGAAUACAGGACGUUAGUUUUUUUGUGUGAAAUUACAGUACAGGCAGUGGUGAAGAAUGAACCCCAUGAAUAUGAACAGUCUGAACGUGUCCGUCUCUGGGAACCAGCACACGUAUCAGUACGCCGUCUAUGAGUCUCCGCUGUUUAAGGACUACAGACCUCCAGCCAGAGAUCUCAUCCAGUUUCCCAGAGCCUUGCUCUACCUGAUGAUGGCCGCGGUGGUGGUGGUCGCUGUCGCUUAUGCCAUUGUGGGACAUUUAAUUAAAGACCUUGCGCAUGACAUCUUGGAUUGGGCUUUAGGUCCGAAUGAGGAGAUCUUAAAGGCCAACAGUGAGGCAGGUGAUGACGGUUCCACACACAUGCCACCAGGCCUCACACACUCCCACCCCAACGCCUUCCACGUUUGGGAUCAGGACGACGUGGUCAUCCCCCUCUCUCCGGAGCACAGCCCCCAGAACAGCCCUCUUCUGGCUGUUCUCCCUUUUAUUCCUCACUUCUUCCCCUCUCCUGCCUCUCACAGUAUGCUCAACAGCCCUGCACUGCCCCAAAUACAGCUGGAGGAUAACAAGAGCCCCAACAAGACACCACAAGAGGCCUUCGUCUUUCCUUCACCUAAAAUUACAGGACAUAGUUCCACUUUCUCACACGUGUCAUUCCAUGAGAGGAGAGAUGGGACAGAUAACGUUUGAACCACUGAACAAUGGCUCACACUAGACUGUAGUCCACGACUUCUUAAAGGAAUAGUUCACCCCAAAAUGAAAAUUGACUCACC